CAACGGUAGAUCCGAUAGCAACUCCUGCGGCGGUCGAAGCCAUUUGGCCAAAUAAACCCGGUCCUCUCUGGACUUGUGUGCUUUGUGGAGGAACCACACUGCUCGACGGUCUAGCGGCCGGCACGUUUGAACGAGAAGAUAAGCCCCCACUUGGGGACGAGCGCGCUCUUGAUCGGCCACGAGGCAUCUUUUUAAACAGCCAAAAACAAGCCCAGUUUCUUUCUUUAAAAAUGACUGAUUUUUAACAGAAUUUCUGACGAAAUAAAAUAGUUCGAUGAUUUUGCAAAUUUUUAUUUUGGAUGUUUUAUGAGCCCGCAAAUUUCGGGUUCACUUCGGAAAUGGCCGUAACUUUCACACACUUUCAAUUUUCACAGUAAACAGUUGUUUGGUGGUAUUAGUUAUUUGAAUUUUAUACAAAAAAAAAACCCAAAAGAUUAAAGCAGUAAACAGAUUCGACGCAACUCUGACACAAUGUACACAAGCAAGUAAAGUGUUCAACACUGACGCUCAAGUGAAAUAAUGCUGACGUCAGCAAUAACAUUUUUCAAUUCAAACAACAUAAUAUAAAACUUUUUAAAGGAGAAUAAUUUUGGUUGAACACUCGUAAUAGUGAUCUGAGAAACAUGUGAGCCAGUCAGUUCUGUAGCUUUCUAAGUUUUGAUUUUAGAUCGAUAAUCGGCAUAAUCCGGACGAAUCUUUACAAAUCUUUACUGACUUUACACAGUUGUCGUCUUGGGUGCUCUGUGGACUGUGGUUUCAAAUGAACAGCCGAAAAAGAAAAUAUUGACAUAGUCAAUAACUUGCCAAUGGCAACCGCGUCUAAUCAAUAUUUUCUGCUUUACUAUGAAUAUAAACUCCCUAAAAUAGCAGAGAAAUAAAGCAUCUUCAAGUCUUUAUUGAAUAUGAGUCGCGAAAGACUGUCUACGCCAAUUCGUUCACCGACUAGCGCGGACGAAAAGCCACUUAGUCGCUGCUCAUCUGCUGAGAUAGCCAAACAGGUUGGUAGUUUAUAUACAUGAAAUAUGGAUGGUACCUUAGAGCUUUAGUCUUUUUUGCAUUCAUUAUGCUGGGUUUACAAAGCCGAGUUACUUAAUUUUAAGGCUAUUGCUAUCCCAAUGAAUAUGCCUAGUUAGCUAUCACUGAGUAUUAACCAUUAUAAUGUAUGUCAUUUGCAAGUUCAUGGGUUGUGCACCCGAGAAAAGACUACUCUAAAAUUAACUCAUCUAAAUAAUAUUGGAGAUUCUCAAUGAGGAAUAAUUAUUAAAGGAAAGUUGAUCUAAACUGUAGCCGUGCACCCGAUAAUCUUGCUUGUUCGAUACAAACCUCACACUGAUACAUACCCUUUAAUACCAUUAUUCAAUAUAACAGUUGACCACAUAUUGCCCAUUUUCUCAGCAAAAUGCCAAUAUGCCUGUCUACCGAUUGUUCUGCGUGGACAUUAUGGCCGAUGAUUUUACCACAUUAAUUUGAAUAAUCACUCCCUCACUCUUGCAAAAACCAAAAACUUUAUGCAGACCAAGUUUACCUAUUAACUAACUUGACCAAGCUGUUAACCCAUUGAGUGGCAGCACUCUCCCCCUGACAAGUAAAAUCAUCUGGAAUUAGACAGAAUAACCAGAAAUUUCUUAUUUUUUGCUUUGUUGCUUACAUGUUUCCACUUCCAGAACCAAGACAGUCACUAUAAAGUUCAUUCUGCAUUGUCAAGGAACUCGAGAAAUUUUAGCUGAAAUUUCUAGUAAUUGACCCAUCAUGUCAGAAAUUUUACCACAGUCAGAAAUUACUGAUCGUCCCAAAUCACAAUCGGCUUGAUUCUGGAUGGUUAAAACCGGUUGACCAUCCCAGCCCAACUAACUCCGCCCACUCAUAAACUGACUAACCUAACCAUUAAACAAGCUAGGAGCCAUGACUACUUUCUAUCUUUGCAAAUUUUGAGGGAUUUAAAUGAUCAGUCCCCUAAUAUGUCAAACAUAGCUUCCCUAAUAUAUCAAACAGUAGUUAACUAUUGGGCCAAGAUGGUAUGGGCCAAGUUGGUCAGUGGGCCAGGGGCGGAGCGAAGACUAUCCUUUUCGGGGGGGUGCAAGACAACUUUUUGCCGACAAAAGGGCGUGGUAGCACGUUGUUAGGGCGUGGUCAAAACGAACCGUAUUCAUUUUUAAGUGAUGUACAACGACGAAGUCUGAGUAGUAAGAUAAUUUAUUUUUAAAAUACUAAUAGGCGAAAUAGUUCCUUAAAAUACAUGGAAUAAAUGCCAAAAAAGCAUAUCCAAUCGUCAUCAAACGACCGAUUACAAACUAAACACGUCAGUUUCUCUCUCUUCCGUUUGCGUUUUUGCUUGCUACUGUCCAUUCUUUUAAAUCAUCUUCGUAUUUCUCAUUGUAUAUAAGACCGUUAGGUGUAAUUUCUAAGACCUUUACUGGCUUUACAAAAUUAUGAAAUGAAGCGCAGACGCAUCAACAGUCAACACGCACAUGUGCUUCGAGUUUCCUAUGGUAUCAUAUUUCACAAAAUUGCAAGAAAAUUUAAUGCUAUUAAAUAGCGUAUUAGCGUAAUAAGUUCUUGGCCAAUUUGGCUGAAUGUUCAGAAAAGAGCCGAGCUUUCAGUCGACAUAUCCAUCUUUUCGAUCUCGCAUUUUCUACAAAUUUUCUACAAACAAUCUCUCUCCAAUCAGGUAUUGUCUAUUGGCUUGAUCCAAUUCAUUUUGCCGACAACUGAUUUAUUGUGCCGACGGACACGGCAUUGGGUACGCCCCUGCAGUGGGCUGGCCGAGUUGACACAUCACUGCUUUUAAUAGAAAGGAACCAUAUUAUUAUUUAACCACCAUCCCAUAUUGUCAUUUUCCUUGUUAGAAAGUGUACAACAGUUCAACAGGUGGUCAAUUACGACACCAGAGAUCUGGUAUUCUGAAUAGAAAUGAAAUCAUGACAGAAGAUGACGAUGGGUGGGAUACAGACCUUGAGUGCGAAGGUAGGAGAAACGCUAGUUCAAGUAAUGACACCACAAAAGUAAAAGAACUGUUUGAGUUAAAUGAGCAUAUAUGUAAGAGUGAUACUGACAGGAAUCUUGCUAGGAUUCUGCCAGAAUUAUGCCAGGACGAGAUGUCUUGGUAUGAUAAAACCAGGAUUCUAUCAGAAUCAUUCCGGGAUUUUUUCAGCAUCCAAGAUUCUAUCAAAUCAUUUCAGGAUUCUACUAGAAUCAUUCCAGGAUCAUCCUAUCAGAAUCAUUCCAGGAUCUUUCUAAGGAUCUUACCAUAGUCUUGAGGAUCUUUCCCAUAGAUUUCUUCAAAAGAAUUCUAAUAAAAAAUUCUAGAAAUGAAAGAGGACUAUGAUGUGACAGGGAGGACAACGUACAUUCAAGCAUGCAAGAUGAAUGGUGUCAUACCAGUGUCAUAUUUUCUCAGAAAUUUACAAAAUCCUGAAGUUGACAUGAAGCAUCAUGGGAUUGGCGCAUCUGGCACCAAAGCAAUUGCGAUAGCACUGGUGGUAAUAUAUAAUUUAAAUAAUUAUACAGUUAUGGAAUUUUGAUUGAGUCCCUGAUUGAUGAUUGUUAUUGAUUGACUAGUUGUUGAUUAUUGAUAAAUAAUUUGCUUCAUAGAAUGACUAUUUGAUUCAUUGACUAUUAAUUAAUCAUUGCUUGAUUAAUGUAUCAUUUGUUGAAUUGAUUACUACAAAUCGUGGCUAGAUUUUGCGUACGUCAUAGCCCCAAACCAUAGCUAUAAGGUUUGCUGAAAACAGUCAUGCUUUAUAGCCAUAAACCAUGAAGAAAGCUGAUCCAAAGAUUGUUUUAGUAAGUGCUGGAUCCAAAGAUUAUUUGGGCUUGUCAAUAUGUAAGUGAUGCUUGGUGGCCCUCUUCCACAACAUGACAAAUUUUGUGUCCAAAGAGGGCCAAUUAACAAGUGUGGACCUGGGGAACCAAAAGCAGCCCCCCCCCCCCUCCACCCUUAGGUUAGUUAAUUAAAAGCUUCCCUGAUUGGAUGUAGUACAUAUUGUAAUAAUAAGAAUAUUUUAAAUCUUCAUUUAAGACAAACACAUGUGUUGUAUCACUGAACCUUGCCGACAACUCUCUCGGCCCUGAAGGAGCUGGAUUCAUGGCCGAUAUGUUGAAAGAAAAUUGUUAUAUCUCAAAGCUUGUAAGUUUAUAAUUUGUAGCUAGAUUUAUACCAAAGAUCAUCCGAUGCGACAUCCACACGAGGGAUUUCAGAGAACAAUUGAGCACGGGCUGUCAAAAAAGCUGUAAUUUUGUCAGAAGACAAUCUUGAAACCCUGGAACAUUUGCCAUUGAUGAAGAAUGAGAAACAUUUUGAAUUUUUCACACAAGGAAUCAUGAUAUCAUACUUUCUUAUGUGUCAUUUGAGAUUGUGAAGUAUUGUUCUAUGUUCAAAUUUGGUGUAAUGUACGCUCAAAUUUGCCAUUGUUUUUAUUCCACGCUAUUGAGGAACAUUUGAAAAGGCAAAUUCAAGAUAGUGUGCUUAUGAGAAUCUCUCUCAUAAGCACGCUCAUAUAUGCUUAUUAUACAAGCACGCUCAUAUACCAAAAUCCGAUGGUACUGUUGGUGCUCAUGAGCAUACUGGAUCAGUUUUGGUCAUAUAUGAGCGUGCUUAUGAGAAUCCCGUAUUGUGGUGUCUCAUAAGCACGCUCAUAUACCUCGUGUACCUGGCCUGGCUGGGCACAUCGUUCCUUGCCCCUUCUCGUUCUGAUCAACAGUAUGUAUGUAUUGUCUACCACAUAGUUUAAACCUUUUCCGUAUAGUUAGCUAAAGAAAAAAAACAGUUAAAAGCAAUAAAAUUUCAAUUUUCAUCCAGGAUUUGUCACAAAACCAGCUUGGUAGUGAAGGUGCAAGAUUUGUGGUAGAUGUCUUGUUGAAGAAUUCUGUUGUGACAUCGUUAACACUCAAAGGUGAGCGGUUUAAUAUGUUCUGUAUUUAACAAAUAUAAAACAUUUUCCGUGUUGAUGUACAGUUAUAUCAACACGAGUGGAAUUGGGAAAACGAGAAAUUGUAUGGAAACACGACGCCCGAAGGGCGGAGUGUUUUCAUACAAUUUCGAGUUUUCCCAACUUCCACGAGUAUUGAUAUAACUAUAUAUCAAUACGGAAAAAAAUGUUUUAUAUUUUUUUUAUAAUAUAGCAAUGUCAAAAGCCCGAAGGAUAAGAAAAAUUUCUGUGUUUACAAGCGGCGGAAAAUUACCCGUGUUGACAUUGAGUUAUAUCAACACGGCGCUUAGCCAAUCAGCGUUCAGAAUUUACAAAUGCUAUAUUAUAAACGUAACUAUGCACCUGUAAUGAGUAUGUACAUGUACUGUGGUUUUGUAAUAGUUAACUAAAUAACUGGCGUGAGUAUUAUUUUGAACUAGUUGCAACGCCAACACAUGUAAAAUAUAAUCUGAUUUAUACAUUCCUGUAUUGUAUUUUUGUCUAUUCUUACGAAG